AUGGGGGGCCUACGACUUAAAGUUAAGAUACCCGCCAAGCCAGACCUGCCAAAAGCCCAACCUUGCUGUACUGUUCGUUCAGUUUCCCGCACCAUCCAACAUGAACGCAUCGCCGACAUUGUCGCCGGUGAUGGUACUUGGUCUCCAUCCGAUGAAGACCAAUCGGGCAGCCAUGAUACCUCUACAACGACACCAGUUACUCUACCUCGAAUCAGAAGCCCACGUCCCGGCCUGCCCUCGGCUUUCUGGCAAUUGUCGGUCGGGGCAACCCCGUCCAAGCGAGGUGGAUCAUCCCAAUAUCCCGACCGCUUUGUGCCAUCCAGGGAGCAUUCUACCCCUGUGGGAGAUCGAUUUCGGACGAACAAGCAGGCUCACGAACUAUCUACAUCGGAGCGUUUGAUCCGGAACGAGGCGGCCACACCAGACGCAUUUUGCUUCCGCCCACAUCGCCGAAGACCUACUGCAAGCACUCGCAGGUCUUCGCGGUCUGACAACACUGACAUACGUGGAGGAACACUGCUCGGAUUGAAUGAUCCGAUUCGUCAGAUCAGCGUAGGAGCAGUAUGGACAAUAGGCGGCACUGCCCCCAGCGGAUCAGCGGUCGACAGUGGCAGAGGCCGAUACAUCGCCAGUGGAACAAAUGCCCCUCUUUACACCACUUCUUUCAGCUCUGCUCGUCCUAGGUCUGAGGAGGAGCAAGAAAAGCACGAGGGCCGGCUUGCUUAUGCUCUCAACAUAGACCGAGCCCAGCGCAUUCUCGACUUCGACGGCUACUCCACAUUCCCUCGCUGCAAGAGCAAGAUCAGAACUCGACCAAACAUCGCCAAGACGACUUGGACUGGUACCGAGUGGUCGAAUCAGGAUCACACGCCAAAGCGCCAUGCUGAAGGUGUGAUCCUCCCCAAUGCUCCUUUCAAGGUUCUCGAUGCUCCUGGCCUCCGAGACGACUUCUACUGCUCCAUGAUGGCAUAUUCUGAGACCAGCGAUACACUUGCUGUCGGGCUUGGCAACGCAGUGUAUGGAUGGUCGGAACCAUCAGGUGUCAUGCUCCUUCAUCCCGGCAUUAGGGAUCCCGUUCAUCAAUGGUGGCUCACCUCUCUAGCAUUUUCAUCCAACCAAGGUCAAAAGUCUAUUCUUGCCUUGGGCCGGUCUAACGGCGAGGUAGGGUCGCUCAGCCUGUUGUCCAUGUUCGACAGCCUACCUCCUCGGUACGAGGCCCCAAUGCCUCGCUUCAACGCCUACCAUCACUCCCCCGUUGCUUGCCUUAGUUGGCGACCAGUCGACACGAAGCGUCCAUCCCUAAACCCAUCCCAUCCCGGUUUUCUAGUCGAGAAUGAAGACUUGCUCGUCGUGUCUCGCGACAACUGGCCAGGGGCAGUGACGCUGCUCGCCCGCAUCAAACCCCACACGCAACAGGUCUGUGGCUUGGCUUGGUCCCCGGACGGCGAGCAGUUUGCAACGGGCGGCAAUGAUAAUCUGUGUUGUCUCUACAGCGUGGAUAAGAUCUUAGAACCCGUUGAAUCUCGAGAGAACAGUCGUCCAGUUACAUCCACCACCUCCAAUACUCCAGCUCCGGGCUUUGGCACUGCUGCCCAAAGCGCGCGCAGCACAGAUAGGAUCCCGGAGCUUCCCCGUCUUAUUUCACCAACCUCAUCAGCAAUGACCAAUCCCUGGUCACCGACUUGGACACAAUCCUCUUCAGACCCAAUCAGGCCUCACUCCGCAACCAUCAGUCCUCUACCUGCCACAAUCAUCUCGCCGUUGGCGCCCGAAUUCCGCAGUUUUUCCGCCUCAGACGCCCUCCAGGUCUGGCCCCACCAAGCAGCCGUAAAAGCCAUCGCCUUCUGCCCCUGGCGUCCCAACCUCCUGGCCACGGGCGGCGGCUCCAACGACAAGAUGAUACAUUUCUUCCACACGUCCUCCGGCGCAACCCUAGCUACCAUCUCCGUCUCAGCCCAAGUCACCUCUCUAAUCUGGAGCACGACAAGACGAGAAAUAGCCGCAACAUUCGGCUUCGCGCAACCCGACCACAAUGUCCGGAUCGCCGUCUUCAGCUGGCCCGAAUGCCGACAAGUGGCGGCGGUGAAAUGGGACGACGGCAAGAUGGGCAACGACCAGACGCUGCGGGCCCUAUACGCGGUCGCGUACCCGGGAGGGCCGGGGGGCAUGGAUAGGGGGGGUGAGGACGAGUCGAGAAGGAGGGGGAGGAAUAAGACUAGGACGGAGCAGGAGGGCUGUAUUGUCGUCGCUUGCAGCGAUAAGAGCGUCAAAUUUCACGAAGUAUGGGUUGCGGGGCGGAAGGCGACGACGGGCAUGGGGGCGGGAGUAUUGGGCGGCAGCGAUAUUUUAGAGAUGGGGGAGGGGAUUGAUAAGGAAGGGGAUGUUAUUCGAUGA